AUGGUAAAUUUAAUCUCAGGGCGCUCGACGGGUGCACUAACGGCCAGCCUAGCUGCGCCCCUCCAGCGUUACAUCCACCUUAGACGCUCCUUAAGGGAGUACGUGAGUGCACGGGGCGCCAGAGCUCUAAGCACUCUGGUCGCGGAUGACAAAAGACGCGGGAAAACAAUAGGCCGGUGCGCUCGCCUCCAAGAAGAUGAAGAUUCCCUUUUAGAAAAUUUAUUGUUCCGCUGCACCGUUUAUGGGCUCCUUCACCGACUUAACUACCAGCUGCCGUCACCGACAAUGCCGAGAAGCGCACAAGUUCUGGCCGACGUGUUCGCUUCCCUGACUUCUAUCGCCCGCAGUAGCGGUCUCAGCGGGGGAGUACCUGUGGCAGCACUAGCACGAAACAAUUUGAACGACAUG